AACACUUCACCACAUUGUUUACAAACAAAGGCGCGUAGCUGACUGGACUCUUCUGCUUUCUCGCACUGCACUAACCGCAGCCCAUAACAAAACGAAUGAAUCGUUCAACUAUAGAAGACAUUGUGUUAAAUGUUAAAAAACCUGUAGUUUUCCAUAAUCUCGAAAUUCCCUGGGAGUGCUUCAAACAUACGUUCGAGGAAUGGUUGAGCUGGUUGUAUGAUGCUUGUCCUAGUCUCGCGUUCGACAGUGGAACACUGCAGAACGGCACUCGGCCACAGUGGGAACGAACACGCACGAAGGUACAAAUGACGGCGAAGGAUUUCUACCGGGACGCCAGUGCACAUCAGGGUCAUUUCAACGACAAUUGGGCUUCCUACAGUUAUCGUUCAAUUCGCGAACUGCCACCGGAAUGUCGUGCGGGAGUUGAUUUCGGUGUGCUAGGAUUUCCCGAUGUUGCUGAAGAUGUUUCGUUUUGGAUUGGCUCGAAAGGGGCACAUACAGCGUGUCAUUACGAUACUUACGGAUGUAAUAUAGUGGUUCAGGUAUUUGGACGUAAAUCGUGGCUGUUGUUCCCACCGGAGGCAAAGCUUCACCGCAGCCGAGUUCCCUACGAGGAAUCUAGUGUAUACUGUGAGGAGAAUUUUUACAGUCCAGCCUCAUAUUCGACAGUUAUCGCUUUGGAAAACGAUGCUUAUUAUGUGGUUCUGGAACCUGGCAUGGUUCUUGUGAUUCCUCCGAAAUGGUGGCAUUAUGUUGAGACUUUGGAAUGUUCACUCAAUUUCAAUACUUGGCUUCCUCUAGAAAGUGACACCGAAGAACACAUUUCCGAAUGUUUAACUCGUUUAAUUGUAAAAGACUACUCAAAGCACUUACCGGCUAGCAGUCUUCGACAUGUUUUCAACCCAAACGAGCUAACUAGCUUGGAUGUUCCAUCCUCAUCGGAACUUCAGAACACUUUACGAUAUCUGCUUGAGCAACAGUCAUCUAACAAACGCCAGCAUUUGGCGAAAGCUGGGCACCCCACUAACUACCUCAGCCAGAACGUACUGGAUGGACUGCUUGAGACAUGGGUAGAUUUUGUUACCACAGUUGAUAAACUUGAAAAUCAUGAGUUUUUCCAUAUGAUGAAAACUAACGGUCGACGUUUCGAUCCCGACCUAAAUAGGUCCAGCGAUGAGGAAGAAACAAAUGCGGCAGCUGAACAUGCAAUCAAUCUGUCCUGUCAUCCCGAUCUAAUUCGUUUAACUAGAGAAUCGCUUGUAGGCGAAAAUAAGAUCAACUUUGAAUGAUAAUUGUUUUCAAUUUUUAUUUGAAUGAUUUGUUGUACAAAAGUUUUAUCCCUGCUCUUGAGACGGACUAAUAAGAGCUGAAAUUCUACUUAGAAUACAAUGCUUGGCUAAUGCUUAAGUUAUAGUCGCUUUAAUCCGUAUCAGUAUGGAU